ACUUACCUCUGUCAUAAUAUUUUCAUUUUAUAUUGUAGUGAUUAGUUUUCUAAUGAAACCAAUUUUUAUCUUUAAUGACUUCAUUUUACUUUGAUUUAGCAAAUUAAUAAUUUUCUUUAUAAACUUAAUUAUUACUUAAAUUAAUUUGAUAGAACACAUUCAGUUUAAUUAUACAAAUUAAUUAAUGUAUAAAUAAUUUGUUGAAAUAAUUGAAUAAUAUGGAGUCCAAGUUAAAUAGGCAGCAAAAUUUAAUGAGUACUUUAUCCAAGCCUAAGAAUUAUUCUGAACAGAAAAAAAAUACAUGGAGUAAUUUAUUACAAAAAAAAUCAGUUUGCAAAAGCACUAAGAAUUUGGAGAGCAAAAAGCAAAAUAAAAGUUCAUCAACUCAAAAUUGUUCAAAAAGUGUUCAAUGUAUAUUACCAACUUCAAAAAUAUGUCAAAGUUCUACUUCACUUUCUAUUUUCAAUCCAGUACGAACACUUCAAUUUUUAUUAAGAGAAAUCAGUCAUUUACCUAAAGUUCAAAAUCCAGAUCUUACAAAUAUUGUUCAUGAUAUGCAAAUUGUAGUGGAAAGAAUUGUAGAUGAAUAUUCAGAAUUAACUAACCAAAAUUUUAUUAAAAUAAAUGAUUUUUCAGCUAUUCCAACCAAAGGUGAACAUUUUCUAGAGAACUUAAAUGAUAAAAACAAAGAUAAAACUUAUUUAACACUUGUUAACAAAAUAUCUGAUCUUGAAAAUAAUAAUACCUUACUAACAAAACAAUGGAAAUCAGCAGAAGAAAAGCUUCUAACUGUCACUUCUGAAAGAGAUGAAUUAAUUAGGAAAUUAAAAGAUAAUUGCAAUUCAUUAGAAAAGUUUAAUAAACGUGAAAGGGACUAUUUAGACACUAUUUCGGAUCUCAAAUGUAAACUAUUGGUGAUGGAAAAGUCAACUAAUAAUAAAGAAAUUGCCAUCAAAGAGUUCACUAAAAGACUUAUGAUUUUAUCAAAAACAAAUGAAUACACAAAAAAAAAUAACUUCAAAGAACCAAAAGAAGAUGACUUGAUAAUUUUACCUAAAGAAAAUAAAUCAAAGACUAAAAAAAUCAAAUUGUAUCAAGAUUUAACAAGCCAAGAACGGUUUGAAACAAAUAGUGAACCAGUUCAAUUUGUGUUUGAUAAUGAGAUCAUAAAAAAAUCCAAUAGUAAAUUUAAAAAAAUAGAUAAUAUAUCUCCAUCAAAUACAUUAUGUCAGUUAGAAGAACAAUGUAAAGAAAACAUUGAAAAAAAUAUUGACUAUCAAUUUAAUGAAUAUAAUCAAGAAGCAACUGAUUUAUUAUCAAAUAAAUUUGAACUGGAAAAAAUAUUUAAAAAUAUAAAAGCUAAAACAAAUCUAUCGGAAAAAUGUUUUGAACAAACAAAAUUAAAUAAUGACACUGAACUGAAUGACUUAUCUGAUGAAGAAGACAAUUAUUCUGAUACAUCUAAUAUCCAGAGUGUUAAAACUCAUUCAAUAAUAAAUUAA